UUUUACAUUCUUUUUCAGAAAAAGUCCCUAGAGUCCAUAAACUCUAGACUUCAGCUGGUUAUGAAAAGUGGUAAAUAUGUGCUAGGAUACAAACAGACUCUGAAAAUGAUUCGGCAGGGCAAAGCCAAGUUGGUCAUCCUAGCCAACAACUGUCCUGCUUUGAGAAAAUCAGAGAUUGAGUACUAUGCUAUGCUUGCCAAGACUGGUGUCCAUCAUUAUAGUGGCAACAACAUUGAACUGGGCACAGCAUGCGGAAAAUACUACAGAGUGUGCACACUGGCCAUCAUUGAUCCAGGUGACUCUGACAUCAUUAGAAGCAUGCCAGAACAAACCAGUGAGAAGUAAAUGCUGUAAAGUGUUAUUUCUACAAUAAAACUGGUUACAGAUGUGUUUUACAAAAAAUUUGUAUUAUACCUUUGCUGGUUUUAGGGCACAUACUAUAUAAAUGAAGAUUGAUUACCA